AUUAACCAAGAGGCGCGGUUAAUCAAAUAUACAGAAUUCUACAACGAGUCCUUGAACCGGUUCAUUGAUUUCAUGGACGAUUUUAAGCGGUUCCGUGAACAGGACUUUGCGCUCUGUAACUUUCCAUUUGUAUUGACUGUCACCACUAAGGCCAACAUUUUAAAGCUCGAAUCUUCCGUUCUGAUGCGCGAGAAGCUACAACUCGCAUUCUUUCGUGCACUCUUUGCGGGCGUAAAUCCACCUUACCUACUGCUGACUAUCCGGAGAGAUCAUAUUAUUGAAGAUGCGCUUGUACAACUUCAGAAUAAGUCUCAUGAAGAUCUCAAGAAACAGCUAAAAGUCAAGUUCGUCAAUGAAGAGGGUAUUGAUGAGGGUGGUGUCCAAAAGGAGUUUUUCCAGUUGGCGAUGCGUGAACUUAUUGACCCCAAAUACGGGAUGUUUACGACAAACGAAGAAUCCCGUCUUUGUUGGUUUGCACAGAGUCCAUUAAACGAUGAGUUGGCUCUGGAUGAAUACAACAUGAUCGGUAGACUGAUCGGUCUCGCCAUCUAUAAUGGUAUUAUCUUGGAUAUUCAUUUCCCUUUGGCUCUCUAUAAGAAAUUAGCCAUUGCUGCAGAGACACAUAGUGAUGUGCAAAAAUUGGAUGAGUCGUGGGAUCUAGAUGAUUUAGCUGAGAUUGAUCCAACGCUUGCCAAGGGGUUGAGGCAGUUAGAGACAUUUGAGGGAGAUGUUGGGGAAGCAUAUGAUCGAACGUUCCAGAUCGAGUACGAAUCUUUAGGCCAAACAUUCCAACAUGAUCUUGUACCGAACGGAGCGUCCAUCCCGUUGACCAACCAUAACCGUUCUGAUUUUAUCAAGGAAUACCUCAAAUUUUAUUUCACAACAUCUAUUGCCAAACAGUUCAACGCGUUUAGUAAAGGGUUUCAUCAUGUCACCUUGGGUAGCGCAAUUCAGCUUUUCAGACCUGAGGAAGUUGAGCAGUUAAUCUGUGGCUCUCCGGAUCUGGACUUUCAGGCUUUGGAGAAGAUCACACAGUAUGAGGGCGGGUUUCACGCCAAGUCAAGGAUCAUCCGUUGGUUCUGGGAAACAGUUCACGCAUAUGAUGAAAAAGACAAGAAGCGACUGCUGUUCUUUGCAACAGGAUCUGACCGCGUGCCGAUUGGCGGUCUUGGUCACUUGUCCUUUACUAUUUCUAAGAAUGGGCCAGAUUCAAUGCGACUACCAACUUCUCAUACCUGCUAUAAUACCCUCAUGCUAUGUGCUUAUUCCUCCAAAGAACGAUUACAAGAACGACUUAUGACAGCCAUUGGAAACGCAGAAGGGUUUGGUCUCAUGUAAAGAAAUAUUCAAUGC